AGUUUUUUUACCACAGGCUAGUAGUGUUUUAGAGCCAUUGCAAAUUCCAGACAGUAGCUCCGCAGUUUCUGCACAAAUACCAUUUGGUGCCAUUUCAGAAGUUUGCGUUGUUGACAGGUCAAAAUACCAAAGUGCUAGUUCCGGAAGGCCAGUAAAUGACCAAAAAAGCCAAAGAAAUGACAUUUGUACACCUGCUUCAUCAUCUGUCUCUAGUCAAACAAAUCUGCCAAUAGAUGAAUGUGGUGUGUCAGUUACAAAGAAACAAACAAGCUCAGGUAGAGAGGGCACAUCUGACAGUCAUAACUUAAGUGAAGGAGCACCUUUACAAGACCAUACUGGGGCUACACCUGUAAUACUUACUGAUUUCUUGUUGGAAGGAGCAGCAACACCAAACUGCAGUGCCAGUAAUCAAGAUUGUCAAGACUGUGAUACUUCAGAUCCAAAUAUGUCUGAUCUCUCAAGCUUCUUAUCAGUUCCAAACACAUCUUCCUCCCUCUCUCCAGUUUCUCCCAAUUCUGCAUCAGAAUCGGGAACUGUUCUCUCAACUACUACGGAAUGUAGCAACAGCUCAAGCUCAGACACUGGUACUAUGAUUCUCAGCAACCGCAGCUCCAGUACAGACUCCAUUGUUUCUGGUAUUGUGAAUAAUGUGGCAAAUUUAGAAGAACAGCUGUUAUCACCGCAACAACUAUCACAGGAUUCUGUGUGCACAGCAGAAGGUUCCAUCUGUCCCCUAAUAGCAGAGAGGGAGAGACAAGACUUUUUAGAUCCUGGAGGAAGAAGUCUUUCAGAAGAACACGAGGCACCACCACGCACUCACAGGCCUCUGUCACGGCAGGUCAGUCAUCCACCUCUGCCAUCGACACUGCAUGGACACCCAUCGCAGGACUUCAGACGAUGUGAGAGGUUCGUUGGAAUGUCGGCAACAGCUCGACCUUACAAUCGUCUUCUGUCUCGUGUGGUUGCUGCAGGUGCAUCAGACAUUCCCAUGUGCCCUCCAACUCCAACUCAUCAUGCACGCCCAACUCGUGCCAGUGAACCUAUGAUGAUUCCUCUGCAUGAAGACUCCACAGCAAGGGAUUAUCCACAAACAUCAGAUGAUGCUCGUUCUGGCACUGCACGUGUUUCCUCACCCACACCAAUUCCAGGGCCAAGUUGUUCCCGAGAGUCUUCAGCAUCUACAUCAGCUGGGAAUGGUGAUCAGCUUUCAGAGAUGCCUGGAAUGUUUAUGCAUCAUCAGAGGCUAGGAGAGGGAUGUACAAUUUUGCCAUUACGCCACAUGUCUUCAACUCGUCUCCCUUCUAUUCCUGAGAGGUCUGCUAAGACACAGAGACUUGAAUUGUCUUCAGAAGAGGAACCUCUUCCUCCUUGUAAGUACUGGGAAGCUCGUAUUGACAGUCACGGUCGGAUAUUCUAUAUUGACCAUGUGAACAGGACAACAACUUGGCAACGCCCCACAACGGGGUCAGCUUCCCGCAGCAGGCCUGUCAGUAAUGAGCUGCAGAGACAACAGUUGGACCGGAGGUAUCAGAGCAUUCGCAGGACCAUCACAUCACGAAGGCCAGAAACAGAUGAGGCUGGUUGCAGCUCUGACAUGUCUCAGGCAGAAGCUGGUGCAAGCACUAGUGGUGGAACUCCACACGUGACACCAGCAGAAGCAAUACAUCAAAUGCCUGCUGUCAAAUUCAUCACACGACCAGAUUUCUUCUCAAUACUGCACAUGAAUGCGGAGGCACUGGCCAUGUAUAAUCGAAACGGUUCCCUGAAGCACAUGAUUUCAAAGAUUCGAAGAGAUCCACAUUCAUUUGAGAGAUACCAGCACAACCGUGAUCUUGUGAGCUUAGUCAACCUGUUUGCUGAUGUUGUGAGGGAUCUACCACGUGGCUGGGAAACUAAGUUUGAUCGGAAUGGAAAGCAAUUCUUCAUCGACCACACAACCAAGACGACAACUUUCAUUGACCCUCGCCUGCCAACUGAGUCCCCCUACUUGAAUCCCCACAAACUGUUCCUGCCUGGUGCUCGGCGACGUAGCCGAAGUGCGGGUGAGGAGGAGCUGGGUCAUGGCCGUGCACCUAUUCCACCACCAAGACCACCUGUGAGUUGCCUCUGUGGGCCAAACCUUGGCCUAAAUGCUGCAAGUAUCGCUCGUGUUAUGCCAACACCUGAAAUUCCAACUGCUUACAAUGAGAAAGUGGUAGCUUUCUUACGACAGCCAAACAUUGUUGACAUCCUGAAGGAGAGACAUCCAGCCAUGGGAACUUCACAAGCUUUGCGUGACAAAGUAAAUGCUGUUCGUGUUGAUGGCACACAAGCACUGGAUCGUUUAAGUGAUGACAUAGACCUCACCAUUCUACUCAGCCUGUUCGAGCAGGAGAUUAUGAGCUAUGUCCCAGCUGUGCCUGCAUCAACCAGAUCACCUCGAGGCUCUCCUCAGCUGUCACCACAGGCCUCACCAGGCCUUUCCAGAGCCAAUGCACGUGCCCCAGCACCUUACCGCCGGGAUUUUGAAGCGAAGCUGCGUAAUUUCUAUCGUAAACUGGAGUCCAAAGGAUAUGGGCAAGGACCAGGAAAACUCAAGCUACACAUUCGUCGUGAGCAUCUACUUGAAGACGCAUUUAACAAAAUAAUGGCUGCCUCCAAGAAAGAUUUGCAAAAGUGCAAGUUAUAUGUUACAUUUGAUCGGGAGGAAGGACUAGAUUAUGGGGGCCCAUCAAGAGAGUUCUUCUUCUUACUUUCACGAGAAUUAUUCAAUCCCUAUUAUGGGUUGUUUGAAUAUUCUGCAAAUGAUACAUACACUGUGCAAGUAUCACCCAUGUCAGCAUUUGUUGACAAUCACCAUGAGUGGUUCCGUUUCAGUGGUCGAGUGUUAGGGCUGGCUUUGGUGCAUCAGUACCUCUUGGAUGCAUUCUUUACCCGGCCAUUUUACAAGGCUCUCUUGAGACUGCCAGUAUCCUUGAGUGAUCUUGAAUCACUGGAUGCAGAAUUCCAUCAGAGUCUUCUGUGGAUCAAGGAAAAUGAUAUCACUGGUGAUUUUCUGGAUCUUACUUUUGCUGUUACAGAGGAGGUUUUUGGUCAAGUAGUAGAACGCGAGCUAAAGCCUGGUGGCCGAAAUAUUAUUGUAACCGAAAAAAACAAGAAGGAAUAUCUCGAACGUAUCGUGCGUUGGAGACUGGAGAGAGGAGUAGCUGAACAAACAGAAUCACUAGUCAGAGGUUUCUACGAAGUUGUAGACCCUCGCCUUGUGUCCGUUUUUGAUGCCCGUGAGUUGGAAUUAGUUAUUGCUGGAACUGCAGAAAUUGAUCUUGUUGACUGGAGGAAAAACACAGAAUACAGAUCAGGAUAUCAUGAUAACCAUCCAGUUAUGCAGUGGUUCUGGGCAGCAAUAGAGAGGUUUACAAAUGAACAGAGGUUGAGAUUAUUGCAGUUUGUGACAGGAACAUCUAGCAUCCCCUAUGAGGGAUUUGCUGCACUGAGGGGCAGUACUGGGCCACGGAAAUUUUGCAUUGAGAAGUGGGGAAAGCCAAACUCACUUCCAAGGGCUCACACAUGUUUUAACCGUCUGGACCUGCCACCAUACCCUACACCAGAAGUGCUUUAUGAGAAGUUACUUCUGGCAGUUGAAGAGACAAACACAUUUGGUAUAGAAUGAAAUGCCAAAAUGUUAUAAAGUAGCACAUUGAUAGAAAUACAGCAAAUUGUGACCAAAGAAAGCUGCCGUAUGAGGGCUACUCAUCAGGACAGCAUGUGUGAUGAGUUGUGAAGUCUGUUUUGUUAUGCUGGAAACAGCAUAUUCAACAGUGUCACAUGGUUAACUAAAUUCUCAGGCAUAUUGAAUCAGCUGCAUUAGCUAUUGAGUUUUGCAUCUUUGUGUGUAAUUUAAGAUGUGCAGUUUAGGAAGAGUUCCCUUUAUGAGUUUUGUGGCAUUUAGUAUUUUAUUUUUCUGUAGAAUCGCCUGUUAUAUCACUUACAGUUACAGGUCAGAUAUACGAUGUUACAGCUAGUUACCAAAGCUGGAAGAGGUUAAAAGACUUAAUAGUGAUAUUUUAUCAACAUAAUUAAUAUUUGUGUAAAAUGAAACAAGUAUCUUGCCUGUUACAAUUCACUUGUGCAUUGACUGGUACUUUGCUUUUUGUAUGGGAGAUUUUAGCCAAGGGCUAUAGUUAAUCUUUUGCCAGUGAAAUGUGGCAAAUGAAAUACAGCAUGGUCAGUGAUCUGUUCCAUGUAAUGUGUACAUGAAAAUCAUUAAGAUAUUUUACAAGAGAAAUUUAUUUUGUAUUGUAAAUUUUUCCUCUGUUUGAAAUGUGAAAAAUAAGAAAUAUAUUAGCUUGCUUCCCCAUCAAUUCUCAGGUCCCAAAGUUUCGGACAAAGCUUGCUAUUUUACUAUAAGCAUGCACACAAAAAAUUUAUAUGUAUUGAUUUUUGAUCAGCAAAGAAAUUGCAAAUGUUCAUAUUAAACAUUUCUUUCAUAUAAAUGAAUACUUCUCUCUUGUUGUGAGUACUUUAAUUAUGAAUAUCCAGCUCUCUGCAUUGUCAUAGCAUAAAAAUUUAAAUACUUUGCUGCAAACAGUGUAAUAAUGCGGCAGUUAUUUUUAUAUCCAUAUUAAACAUAGACUGAGAUGUUUCUCAAUUUAAAGAUUUAUGCUGUAAGCAGUGGUAUGAAACUGUGAGACAGAAACACAACUACAAAACUUUAUCAGGAUACCUAAAUUAGUUGACUGCAGAUUUUUUAGUCUCCUUAGAUAAUGCUUCAUGUAGUUGAUUGCAUUAUCACAGAAUUUUCAUAUAAAGAUUUACUGCAUAAGUGCUGAGUAAUUUAAUAUAAAAUGAAUAUGUCACAUAGAGACUUUCAAACAAUGUUUGUUGUACACUGAAAUUUUGCAGUUGUUGACGAGAGAUGUUAACAGCUCAAGAAUUGAAGCUAUCUCUGUCACCUUUGCUGAAUCAGCAAGACAUUUUGCUACGCAUUCCGGCCAACCAGUGCUUGCCUUGAAUAUAUAUUUAAAAAUUAAACAAAUAAAUGACAUUAAAGUGUUUAGAAAACUAAAUUUAUGUUGCGUCCACAUAUUUUAUUCAGCACAGAUUUCUAAAUGGAACAGCUUUAAGUAUUCAUUUCAAAUAAGAGAGGUGCAUCAACAAGGGGCCAACAAUCUUGACAAAUUUGAGAUGGAAUACUUUGCAUGUUUCUUUCAAGUUACAGCUUUUGCACAUAUGCUAAUACAUGUUUACUUGUAAUUAAUAUCAUCUGAAACAAAUAUUUUUGAAUUAACUGGUAUUAUUUUUACUUUCAACCUCAUUUGAUUUCUGCUUUAUAUGCUACUCGUUUUUAGUAUUAAAAGAAACUACAAUAAAUUCUUGUCAUUCCAGUUUUGUAGUUAUUGAAUUUCUUGAGCUUUAUACAAAAUGUAGACAUACUGAGUUUGUCUCUUUACAAGCUUGCAAUACAUCUUUUACAUAUUGUAUGCUUUCAGAAUUUUGUUAGGUUUGUUUGUUUAUGCAGUAAUUCACAAUAUUAAAUAACACAAAUUAUUUGUGCCUGAAGAUUAUCAUGUUCCAACAAAUAUAAUAAUAUACCAAUUUCUUUGGUGCAGCUAAAUUCAUUAGUAGCUGCACUUCUAAGUGUCUUUAUUGGGAUUGCUCAAAAUUUAAAUACAGUAGUAUUUGCAUGUAGUACUAAAUCAGCUAUAAUUCCUAGUCAAUUACACUCUCAUACAGCACAUUAUGAUUGCUUCAAAGCAAAAUAUUGUAUUCAAGCAAUAUAAUAUU